AAUAGUAAAGAGUUGUGGCUGGGACUGUCCAACCACUUGGACGCAGAGAGGCACAGCAAACAAAGCACACCAUCUACAACAAUGAAUGACAUUAAACUGGCCCUGCUGGGCAGUGAGGGAGCAGGCAAAUCUGCGGUUUUGGUGAGAUUCUUGACCAAGCGGUUCAUAGGAGAAUAUGCGUCAAAUGCCAACUCCUUAUACCAUAAAAGGCUCUCCAUUGAUGGAAGACAGUUGAACUUGGAAGUCUUUGAUCCGUGCUCGCAGAGUGGAGAAAGCAGAUGUAUCCUGGAGGAACCGGUGGAUUGGGCUGAUGGCUUUGUGGUGGUGUACACCAUCAGCGACCGUACGUCCUUCCUAAAUGCCAAAAACAUCCUGGCGCAGAUCAAAGAAAGUCGGCGAGAAACCUGUAAAGGGGAGGUUCCCAUCUGCCUGGUGGGUAACAAGCAGGACCUAUGCCACAGCCGUCAAGUGAGUGAAGAGGAGGGCCGCUCUCUGGCCCAGGAGAACAAAUGCCUCUUCCAGGAGGUGUCGGCGGCUGAGAACUAUUUGGAGAUCUCCAACCUCUUCACAAAGCUCAUCCGGCAUGUGAUGGAACAGCUUAAGCUUAGAGGUGACCGCAGGCGGUACAGUGGCUCCAAGUCCAUGGCCAAGCUCAUCAACAAUGUCUUUGGCAAGAGGAGAAAGUCUGUUUGAGUGCAGAACAUAAAAGAGCCCAGAAAAGAGUAUUGCCUUCAAUCAGCAAUAGAGAUGAGUCCUUGUUAAGCCUAAUGUUCUUGGAAAUAUUUUAAUUAGAAAUAUGCUCUAAGUAGCGUAAUUUAAAUAGGUAUUACUAUGAGAGAUCCCAUGCUGCAGCCAAGAACAUCAUAUAGAGCAGUGCUUCUCAACCUUUUUGACCCAUAGUCAAGGCCCCAAGACUUUUCCAGUGGUUCAUGAUUUACUAAAUAAAGAUUUUUAAAAUAUUUUUUACUCACUAUUUCUACCCAAUGAAAUUUUUUUAAUUUAGAUUGAAGAUUUUAAUAAUUUACAUGACUUUUCCAUGUCUAGAAAUCACAGUUUUAAAAUCAAAUAUCCAGGUUUGUCGAGAAAGACCAUGGAAA